AUGUCUUCUCAUUACCAACAAACCGACGCCCAUCCACUAAGUGAAAAAGAGACCAAUACCGACGAUGCCAAAGCCAAAACGACUCUUGCCGCUGUAUUCGACCCAUCCUUCCCGCUUCCAACCCUCGAACCAAAAAAGACGCCAACCACACGAUAUAUUCAGUCUUUCCUCGUCCUCUUCUUCCUUCUCGCUGCUGGUGUGAUGGGAGCCCGGUUCUUCGAACUUAGCAUCCUCCAGACCAGUUCUUCUAUCUCUACCUCCCCUAAUCCCAAAUCGAAGCAUGUCUUGUCAGUCCUCGGGUUGGUGAUGCCAAAGGAGCAGCUAGCUGUCCUCAUCGGAGUGAUUGUCGUGCUGUUUCUGGCGAUGUGGUUUACGGGAACGAUCUGGAUCGACUGGUGGGAGCUCGUGGUUGGAUAUUGGUGGCUGAGCUUGGCUAUAUGUGUGGCCGUGGCGUUGCUCUUCCUAAUGGCGCAGGAAAGGACUGAUACGAUUGGACAAGUCGAUUAA